UAGGAGUAAAACGGGAGGUGCUGAGAAACCCGCUCUUCGAAAUAGUCAUCGCACAUUUCUUUCUGUUCUUCCCUGGAAGAUCUAUUCCACCAAAAUCCAGGAUGAAGGUUGUAGGAUCUACCUGCACGCUGAAGAGCAAGGUGGGAACCGAAGAAGUGAUGCGGUGCCUUUCAGACCAAAGCAUGACCAUCUCCAAGUGCAAAAUGCCGCUGCUGGAUGAGCAGAUGAGCGUCUUCCUCCAAGACAUGAACAGCUGCUACAGCAAGCUCAAGGAGCUGGUGCCCACGCUGCCCACAAACAAGAAGGCGAGCAAGGUGGAGAUCCUGCAGCAUGUCAUUGACUACAUCUGGGACCUCCAGGUGGAGCUGGAUGAGCCGGACAUGAGCCAUCAGCAAGGCGCAACCGGUGGGCUCCUCAACCGCUCCCCCCUUACAGCUCUCAAUACGGAGUUAUCAAGCAUCACCGUAGAGAAUGGGUGCUCCAACGACAGAAUCCUGUGCCGCUAUCUGGAGGACCAGAUUAUCGCAAAAGAGCAGUGAUGGUGACCCUCAAAACAAGGUCAUCUUGAAUCAGGCUGUGGGUCCUUCUAAGCAUUCUGCAGUGGUGGAGGGACUUGUACAAGACCCGCUAGAGACUUAAGAGGACCUGAACCCUGGUGUUUGACUGCCACCAGGUCUGGAGGGACUAGAGCCCACAGCAAACUGGACUUUCUCCAGCAGAAACACUCACCACAUCAGUCACCUCGCUGGUGUUGGACUCUAUGAGAAAAACCCUGUUGUGUUUUAGCUCUCCAUGUAUAUUUUUGUAUUUUCUUAACUGUACACGUAGAAGAGAUUUUAUGCAUUUUGCAAAAAAUGUCAAGUUCUCAGAUUGCUGAGUUUCAAUUGUAUUGUAUAUUACAAUGCUAUCGAAUGUUGGUCAUAUUGGUUUUGUCUAUAAUGUACCUUCCAUGUUUCUUAAAAUAAGACAAAUAUUUUGGGGAAGAAAGGGUGACAGUUUGUAUUUUUUUUCCCUCCAUUUUAUUGGGGGGAGGAGAGUUUCUUCCUGACAGAGAAAAGCGGUGCUGAAAUUGAACUCUGAGUUGAGUUCCCCAGAACCACGUGACCAAGCCACACACCUCUGUUUCAUGGGUUAAGGGAAGCAGUGUGUUAGAUGACAGAUGUUGUUUUAGGCCCCUGUGAAGAGGAUCAGAGCCCCAAGCCAAGCUUUUGAACAUCAUCGCACCAUAGGUACUGCAGAUCUUGUAAUGGUUCGAGACCCGGAUUUGUGGCUGGUGAGGGCUAGAACACAGCUAUUUAAAUUCAGUAGGAAUAAGUAAACUUGCUCUAUGAAUAAUUACAAAAAUGUAUACAAAGCAGGAGGGUGGGCUCUGACCUGUGAAACACUGAAGGAGACCCCUGACACAUAUCUGAGUGCCCCAACAGCCCAAACCGAUUAUGAGGUAAAUGUCAGUUUAUUGUAUUCCAGUUGGAAGGGGGAUGUGUAAUACCCCCGGAGAGUUACUGUUUCGUAACCCUGGUGUCCUCAGCACAUCUUUCC